AUAAUAAUUGCUUCAGUGUAUUGAAUCACAUGUGCCCGGUUAUGAUCUAUGUUAAUUCAUGAUAAAAUUGAGGCAACACAUAUAUCAAUUCUGGAUAUGCAUAGUUUUUGAAAGGACGAUUCACGUACAGUGCUGUGGUAUCAUUUCAGAAAGGCAACAUGGAAAUACUGGGUUCUGAUCAACAGUCUUUGCUCGUCUUCUAUGUGAACGGGAAAAAGAUCGUGGAAAGAAAUGCUGACCCCGAACAAACACUGCUGUGGUACCUGCGGAACAGACUUCGACUGGUCGGCACCAAGGUUGGUUGUGGUCAGGGAGGGUGUGGAGCAUGUACUGUCAUGAUAUCGGAGCAGCAUCCGGCCUGGAAGGCCACUUACCCGAAUGGAAUAAGGCACUGUGCAGUGAUGGCAUGCCUCGUCCCCCUCUGCACCCUACACGGGAAGGCCGUGACAACUGUGGAGGGUAUUGGUAACACUGGAACCAAGCUGCACCCGAUUCAGGAAAGGCUUGCCAAAGCCCAUGGAGUCCAAUGUGGCUUCUGCAGCCCAGGCAUGGUGAUGUCGAUGUACGCUCUACUUAAGAACAGCCCCAAGCCAGACCUUGAAGAGAUACAGACGGCGUUACAGGGCAACCUUUGCCGGUGUACAGGCUAUCGAUCUAUUCUAUCCGCAAAUGCCUCAUUUGCCAAGGAAUCUUGCGGUAAAGGGUCGGACUGCUGCAUGAACAUGCCAGGGAUGGCGGAACACGAGGGGAAUAUUGUCUUCUCACCAACGUUCGACCCACGAACAUUCACCCCGUUUGACGAGACACAGGACUUCAUCUUUCCAAGUGAGCUAGAGUUGAAAGACUACCGGAGGCAGUCACUGAAGUUCAAAGGCCCAAACGUGACUUAUUACCAAACAACAGACAUCAAAGAAGCCUCGGCCAUUCUACAGGAGCACCCGCAGGCGAAGGUCGUAGGAGGUUGUACAGCCAUUGCACACGACCUCCAGAAAGGAUCUUCACUGGUCGUUCUUAAUUUGGCGAACAUGGAAGAACUAAGAGACGUUACGCCUGAGAAGACUGUGAUUCAUGAGAAUAAUCACGCGGCCUUUGGGUCCAUGUUGACUAUCAGCGAAUUUCGGGCAGAAUUGAAGAACUUAGUUGACGUCUUAGAGGAUGUUCCAGGAUACAAGAACCGGUGCAUGAAAGCAAUUUUAGCAAUGCUAGACAGAAUUGCAGCCGCUCAGAUACGGAACAUCGGGACCAUUGGUGGGAACAUAGGAAGCAGAAAUUCCUCCCAUGACCUGGCCACAUGGCUGGCAGCGGUGGGGUGUAAGGUCAUGACUUUUAAAGAAGAUUUCCUUCUCGAUAUGGACUUCUAUGCCAAGGAUUCGCCAGCUUUGGAACCGGGGAGAAUAAUAAACCAAAUUAUCAUCCCUCUGUCCAAACAGGAUGAGUACUAUCGGACAUACAAGCACAGUAAACGACCAGAGUUCGACUGGUCUGUCCUGAGCUCUGGGAUGGGCGUACACUUCGAGCCGGGCACAGCUCGAGUCAAGCAACUUACUCUUGCCUUCAGUAAUCUUGGAUUCCCACUCUACAUGGCCAGGAAGACCGGCUCCGGGGCAAUAGGAAGGCUGUGGGACGAAAGUCUUCUGUCUGACAUGCAAGCAGAACUGUUGGCCGAGCUUAAUGAUAUUCAUCCUUCCAAUGGUGAGAGGGUGUCACCCUUUAAGAAGACACUUGCGGCGGGCUUCCUUUUUAAGUUCUUCCACAGUGUCAAUGAUGAGAUGCAGUCAACAAAGGAGGAUUUAUCUAAGAAGAAGGGGAGAACUACUUCGACAGUUCUAACUGAGUUAGCCAAGGGUGCAGUCCGCGCCACACAAGUGUUUGAAGAAGUUCCUGAAGGACAAUCCAUUGCUGAUGCUGUAGGAAGACCAUUGGUUCACCAGUCUGCCUUCGAAUGCACGGCAGGGAAUGCACGAUAUACUGACGACAUCCCAAAAUAUGAGGAUGAGGUGUACGUUGCACCAGUUCUCAGCAGGAAAGCACAUGCCAAGAUUCUUGGCGUCGAUCCGUCUGCAGUCCUUGACCUUCCUGGUGUCGUCUGCUACCUCGACCACCAUGACGUCCCGGGAAAGAACAAGUUCAAUGCGGAUGAAGAGUUGUUCGCCUCGGAGAAGGUGACCAGCGAGGGGAUUUUGAUUGGUGCCAUUGUUGCCGAAGAUUCGUUGACCGCAAUGAAAGCAGCAAAACUGGUUAAGGUAAACUACGAGGAGCUGAAGCCCAUUAUCAGCAUCGAAGAUGCAAUGGCUGAAAACCCUAACAAGAAGCCUGAUUUACGAAUAAAAAAUGGAGAUUUGGAAGCAGGAUUCAAAUCGGCUGAUCAUGUUUUGGAAGGUGAAUUCGAGACCGGCGCCCAGGAGCAUUUCUACAUGGAGACGAAUGCAGGAAUAGCUGUUCCAAACGGCGAACACCAGGAGAUGGACUUGAUUGGAGGCACGCAGUGUGCAUCCAAUCUCUGCGAAUAUAUGUCAACGAUCCUUGGUGUUAACCGAAACCGUAUCAACGUCAGAGUGAAACGAAUGGGUGGCGCAUUUGGUGGAAAGGAAAGACGAACAACGGCUAUGUGGGGACCAUGCGUAGUGGCGGCAAACAAAUUACAACGGCCUGCGAGGUGUGUGCUGACUCGAGAAGAGGACAUAAUUAACACUGGCAAAAGACACCCAGCUCUAUUUAAGUAUAAGGUCGGAUUCAGUAAAGAAGGAAAGUUCACUGCCUUGGAAGUUGAUAUGCAUCUAAACGCCGGGUACUGUACGGAUUCAUCGAUAUUUGUACUCGCGGAAGGCCUCGUCCACAUGGAGGGAGGGUAUAAAAUUCCCAACUUCUAUGCCAGAGGACACGUCUGGUAUACGAACAUACAGUGCUCUACUAGCUUCCGGGGGUUCGGUGCCCCUCAAAUGACCACUUGCAUGGAGAACAUCCUUCAUGACAUGGCCCAGGCACUGGCUCUACCACAGGAACAGAUUCGAAGCGUGAACCUGUUCAGUGAAGGAGAUGUGACCUUUAGCGGUACGGUACUGAACAAUUGUACCAUCGGGAAGUGUUGGCAGGGGUGUCUCGAACAAUCUGACUACAGAAGGACACGAGAGGAGUUUGAGGCAUUCAACAGGAAGCACAAAUGGGUAAAACGAGGAAUUUCUGCCACAGCUAUUAAAUACAAUUUGAUGGCUAACCCGCCUUCGGAUUCUCAGGGAGCAGCCCUAGUAAACGUCUACGUUGACGGCAGCGUGUUGAUAUCACACGGAGGGGUCGAAAUGGGACAAGGCAUACACACAAAACUGAUCCAGGUGGCCAGCAGGGUGCUCAACAUCUCAACUGAUCUGAUCCAUAUCAAAGAAACAUCCACCGAUAUCGUCCCAAACACUACUACUACAAUGGCCAGUCAGUCGACUGACCUUUUUGGUGGUGCAGUCAAGAACGCCUGUGAUAAGCUGAUGGCAAGGCUGCAGCCGUACAAGAACAAACAACCUGAUGGAAGCUGGAAGGAUUGGGUGGUGGGAGCUUUUGAAGACCAGGUCAAUCUGUCAGCAACUGGAUUCUGGAAGUGCUUGGGAGGCAAGGACUUCGAUUGGGAAACGAGCAAGGGAACGAUCUGCGCGUACUUCACGUAUGGUGCGGCUUGCGCUCAGGUUGAGGUGGACUGUUUGACAGGAGACCACAAGCUUCUAAGGACUGACAUUGUGAUGGACGUUGGUCGAAGCAUCAACCCAGCCAUCGACAUCGGCCAGAUAGAGGGGGCCUUCGUCAUGGGCUGUGGAUUCCACACCAUGGAGGAGAAUGUGCACAGCGCAGAAGGCAAACUUCUUACAAGGGGCCCUCACUCGUACAAGAUCCCCACGAUCAACACCAUCCCGAGAGAAUUCAAUGUCACAAUCCUUAAAGGUGUCGAAAAUGAAUUUCCAAAGGCUGUUUACUCAUCAAAGGGUAUUGGUGAGCCACCCUUGUUACUGUCUACCUGUGUGUUCUUGGCGAUAAAAGAGGCUAUUCUGGCCAAGAGGAAAGAAAACGAAUUGACUGGCGUCUUCAGGCUGAACGCCCCGGCUACGUCAGAGAAGAUACGCAUGGCAUGCGGGGACAAACUUAUCGAGAGUGCACAUGCUUAAAGCCAGGACAUAUCCGCUGGAAAUUGCGGGAAUUACUUGUUUGAGAGGUCCUUAGAGAGCCGCUACUGCACACCUUUCUCCUUUCCGAAUUGGCGUUCAAGAGCAUUAAAAAUAACCAAAUAAUAAUGCAAUACCUGUCUAGUAUUAGCUAGACAUGCCAGCUUUAAAGCUGAACUGCAUGAACAAAAACAGAAGCGUCCAUGUUUUAAAAAAAGACCACGAGAAAUGGCCGAGAGAAAGGCAAACGCCCGAAACACCCUUCAGAAGUCUGCUAGAAACAUGAUCAGGGUUGAGGGUAUGGGACCGAAUAUCCUACGAAAACGAGGCAUUUUCAGUCAAAGCGAGGCAUUUUCUGUCGUCUGCUAACGAAAUAAAGGACAUUUGAAGUUUAUCUCCUUCGAACAGAAAAGAGCUCCAGGAAUGGUACCGAUCAUCCCAGAAUGGGACAAAACUUCCCGGAAUGGGACCAAACAUCCAAGCAAUGGUGGACGAAAAUCAUUUUGAUCAGGAUCAAGGCCACUGGGCUGCUUGAAAUGCCUGUCGUUUUAUACGCCUUUAUAGAAUGUGCAAACAUUUGUGUGUAAUCUUUGUUCAACGUCUUUGAGCGGCUUCUAGUUGGCAACUGCAGGAAGAAAGUCAUUUUUUAUUUGCUGUGCGUGAUUAUGUAUGCGGCGUUUUCUCUUGGCAAUGUUCACCUUAGUCUUGUUAUCUUCUUCUAUUACAUGUACUUGAGAAAAUUUCUGGUUCAUCUCUCAAAAAUUAAGCAUGAUCGCCAUUCAUAUAAGAUAUAUUCUGCGCCCGAGUUCCCGGGUUCGAAUCCCUGGAGAAGAUUUUGAUUUUUUUUCUCUUCCAUAAUUCUCCGAGACUGUCCGCAUCGUCAUGUGGCUUGCUGGUUUGUAAAAUCAAGUGCAUCGAAGCAUUGGAGGUCUAUCAUUUUCAUGCCGUAUUCAGAAGGACCUUUCGAUCGUUUGAAUUUCUUACUAUUGCCGCAUGGGACGCUCUGGUUUUGUGCAUGCAGUUCAGCUAUAAUGACGAUUUGUGAUGCCGUUCUUGCGAAGUUACUCGUUGGCCUAGACGGUGACUCGAAAAGGUUCCGACGGUUUUAAUCUUCCCCAAAUUUGGGGGUUAAUAUCUAUUAAUCUAUCUAUCUAUCUAUAUUAGUGUAAUCAGUCUGCUCAUGAUUAGAAUUGCGUGUUCACACGUGGUCGGUUUACAUGAUGACUUUUUGCCAGCGAUUAUUACUUUAGUGUGAGAGCUGAUUACGCCUCCAAAUUCCCAUUACUGGUAAAGGUAAUUUUCGAAAUCGAAUUGCGGAAAAUAGCUUAGGCUUAUGUUUUAGUUUUAGAGUAUGGUGAUAGCGCUGGGCCUUGUACUAGUAGUUGAACUGAGGUUUUAUUGGUCGAGAUGCUUUCGUUUCUUGAUGGAAAUGGUUUAAAGAAGACAUGGCCAAGGUAAUGGGUAACAAUGGUGUCUAGGUGUGUAUAAAACUAUAGUUCUUCUCACUGGGAGAAGAGAGACCAGAUUGGUCAAAAGGUUGAACAUGUAUUUACUUGGUAGUUUCCAUUAUUGACUGAGGCAUGUUUAUGAGUCCUUCUGUAGGUUCAGAAGUGUUAAUUUCCAUGUGUUGAAUCACAAUAGUCUUAAGUUGCGCUUCCAACUAGUAAAUCCCCGUGUUUUUGCGCUUCCACCUUUGAAUUGCAGUGCUUAAAUAGACCCGUGUGUAAAAACCCGUGUCUAUUAGCCCCAUCAAGCUCGAUGGGGCUAAUUUAAACACGGGUUUGACACAUGAAAGAAACACGGCAAGAAACACGGCAAUCUGUAGUUCCUUAGCACGGCGCAGAUGGCGGGUUCGAUUUCUGUAAUUGCUGUCCCUACGGCGCAUGCGUGAUACACACUUUCUAAUCUCCAACAUUUACAAAACACAUGAGAGGUACUAACUGCAGCGGCACCUGUUGCCGGAUCAACUAACAAUUAUCUUAUGCUGAUUUUAAGUAUGCCUGUUUCGCCUAUUCCUGUUUCGCCUACAAAAUUCCUGUUUCGCCUAUUCUUGUUUCGCCUAUUCCUGUUCCGCCUAUUCCUGUUUCGCCUAUUCCUGUUUGGCCUAUUUCCUGUUUGGCCUAUUUCCUGUUUCGCCUAUUCCUGUUUCGCCUACUUCCUGUUUCGCCUACUUUCCAGUACCCCUACAAUAAAUCGACUCUCCCUGGGGGAACCUUAGGGAUGCAUGUCCAUUUUAUGGGGAAAAUGUGAGGGGACAAUUGGAUGAUGUUAACGAUGUGAUGACAAUUUGACUAAUCAAAUGCCAUCAACUUUGUUAACAAACCAUACCAUGACCGUUUUGAAAGAGUCACCUUGAAAGCGGGGACAGUCCGGGACUUAUUUGACCAUAUGACCAUACUGACACACAGUAAAAACUAAUCGAUUAAGUAGAGUAAAGCAGUCGCUUAUUUUAUAAAAACAGGAAUUCAUGACUUUUUGAUAAAAAUACAUAAUACUGUACAUUCUCAUAAUUAUUUGAUCAAAAUCAGCUGUAAAACCCAUGUCAUAGUAAAGAACAAUGUAGCUAUAGGUAUUCUUUCUAUUACGAAGCCAGUUACUGACUAAGACAAAAGAAAGAGAAUCCACAAUAUAAAAUGCAGGCCUAAGAAACCUUUCUCAAAUCUAAUGAAAGGGUAAAACUUUCUUACUAUUUUAUUUCUUGCCUUUUAAAAUAAGCUAAAACAUAAGCCGAUGUAAGCUAUGUAUAAUUUUCCAAAGUUAUUCCGAAUAAUACUGAAAUAAUCGACAUGUCGCUAAAUCCAUUAUUUCAGACUUUAUUCUUAAUGAUAGCCUUUGACACUAAAGUAAGGGACGGUUCAUAUUCCUACGUCUGUGGGGAGGUUAGCAAUACAUUUGAAUAGGCGAAACAGGAAUAGGCGAAACAGGAAUUAGGCGAAACAGGAAUAGGCGAAUAAGGAAUAAGGCGAAACAGGAAUAGGCGAAACAGGAAUACACCGAUUUUAUAGGUGGAAGCGCUCGCCGGGUUUUUCUUGCACACGGCGAAGACACGGGUGUCGAAAAACCCGGGGAUUUUGGAUAGGUGGUCCAUUUUUGUGCUUGAUACCACAGUAUGAUUUCUAACACUCCCUAAUAAUCUUUCAUUAAACAUAAUCCCAUCGUUUUGACAGUCAGCCUGUUGAGUCGUUAUUUAGAGCCAAAAUAACAAGAAUAGGUCCUUGUCGGAGGUUGCAAACAACAACCCGGCCGAACAGUUUGUGUUGCCUCUAGGAAUGAGACAUGGAUGAUCUCUCCUUACAUUAUCGAUAAAUACUCGGGAUGAAUCAAUAGUAAGGCCUACCGACAUGCAAAUCUUGGUGCCACAAGCAUUGUGAACCCGGGGGGGGGGGGGGGUUACAUCCGUGCUUUCAAGACGCUAAAAUUUGUCGGAUGAGACGAAAAGCCGUGGUCCCUACCCGAGUGUCUGUACCAGGGCAAUUAGGUGGACAGAAAACUGCAGUGGACUCCGACACCGGUAAUGAUGUAGGCCUUUCUGAUCGAGGAUAUGAUUAAUGUUGCAGGACCUGGUCCGAUCAUUGUCAUUCCAUGUGAUACAAUCAAGAGGCCAAUCGGAUUGAGUCGUGUUCGGGUAUUACAGCCCCGGCAUUCGUUUUCUGACAUACUUACUGAUCUCAAGUUUUAGAUUUCACUGUUUAGAGUCGACUAAUAUACAGGUUAUCCUUGCCUAUAACGUCUUCUAUACCUUCUUGUACAACUGAAGAUGUACCAUACGUUUAAUUAGGCCCACCCACAAAGGGGUAUCAUCAGAAGUGGGUGUGAAUACUCAAGACAUCUUUGUAGUAAGCCUCGGUAGACUGAAUCACGGGUGUAGAGCUAUACAUCUGUGAUUUAAUGCAUGUUUCAAUGGCAGACACUUUUUGAAAGUGAUGUCAAGCAUUCUGUGAUCCACACAUGGUCCUCCAAGGGCUCAAUUGGACACAACAGCACGUUUGACCCGUCGGCCAGGUAUUGCGGAGGUAGUCACAGUAACCUAAUGCAGAAAAAAUAUCAACAGUCAUGAAAGAUUGUCUUCAACUUAGUUCUGAGCAAUUAAGAAUUACUGUGUAUAUAAAAUAUCACUGCACUUAUCUUCUUAAGACACAAAAUGCUUUCCGGAAUCACGUUUUCUAACUCAGGUCAAACAUUCCCAGUUUAAACAUUAAGUAAAGUGCUAAUUACUUCAAGAACGUCAUCAAAAGCAGAAUUGAAUGGAUUCACAGCUACCUCCUUUUGAGUGCCAGAGGCCCAAUGAAUCAGGACUUUCAUCAUGCCAAUUCAAGUCCACGAUGGAUAAGGGUAUUGGAGGUUUACCUUUGCAACACAAUAGAAACCAGGCCAUCCCAUUACAGUGUGGGAGGAGUACAAUCGAAUACAAUUAAUAAAUGCGGGCCUCA